CGAAGCAAUGCACCAUCACGUUUCUUCGUGGACCUCCCCCAGUCGAGGAGUGGUGGCUUCCGAGCAGCGUUGAGCUUCAGGACUUGCUUGAUUUGCUUUUCGAUAGCUCAUUUCCAAACUCACCAUCAAGAGCACAAGAAACUCCAAGCCAGCCAUGCUCACGAAGUGGCUUCUCGCAAUUUGCUGCGCCGCGGUGGGGAUUGUGGCUACGUCUGCCGACGACCUCGAUGCCCGUGCCAACUCCAUUGUCGACAGCUUCACCGACAGCCAAGUCGUCGGCCAACUGGCCCAGGUUGCCAUCUUCUCUGUCCUGAAUGAAGACUACUCACUGAACGAGGACCUCGUGCGCUACUACGCCAAGCUUCACGUGGGGUCAUUUUUGACCACGCCGUUCACGAACGGCCCCAACGAACUUACCGGUGCAGUCGGAUGGAACGUUGCAGAGUGGCGUGAUAUCAUCACUCGCAUCCAAGAGAUCGUCAUGGAAGAGAACGACGGCAUCCCCAUGAUAUACGGCAUUGACUCGGUCCACGGUGCUGGUUUCAUUUUGAACACGACACUAUUUGGUGCUCAGAUCAACGGUGCUGCUACGUUCAACCCCGACUUGGUCUACGAAAUGGGUCGCGUCACUGGCCAGGACACCCAAGCUGCUGGAAUCCCCUGGGUCUUUGGACCUAUCCUCGAGAUAUCAAGCAACCCGUUGUGGCCACGCACCUACGAAACCUUUGGUGAGGAUCCUCACCUCGUAUCCGUGAUGGCCGAUGCUGUCAUUCGCGGGCUGCAAAGCAACAACCAGACUGCAGCGUGCAUGAAGCACUUUGUGGCCUACUCGAAAUCCCCCACGGGUCACGAUAAAGAUGGCGUUGCAAUCUCUGACUUCGAUCUGCUCAACUAUUUUGUGAGGCCGUUCAAGGCCGCUAUUGACGCUGGAGUGUUGACGACCAUGGAAAACUACAUUUCCAUUAACGGGAUCCCCACUAUUGGCAACCAUAAGAUUCUCCAGCAACUGCUGCGUGAGGACCUUGCCUUCGACGGACUUGCCGUCACCGAUUUCGGUGAGAUGGGGUCUCUCAACUCGUUCCACCGCGUUGCACGCACUGUUGACGAGGCCGUUCGUAUGUCAUACGUGCACACGGGAAUCGACAUGAGCAUGGGAGUUGCUGACGUGUACUUGAACAGCACGAAGCUCUUGCUCGAACAGAACCCCGAAUACCUUAACCGUCUUAAGGAAUCCGCGAAGCGCAUCAUCAAGACCAAGCUGCAAUUGGGUCUAUUCGACUCCCCCAUUCCCGGAGCCGAUGACGUUGCCAAGGUUCGCAACGAUGCCGACGUUGAGAAGUCUUUGGAGAUGGCUCGCGAGUCCAUUGUGCUGCUCCAGAACAACGACAGCACGCUGCCAAUUUCCACUUCGUCUUCCGUGCUCCUGACCGGCCACUCGGCCCACAAUAUCGGCAACCAAUGCGGUGGCUGGAGCGUUAGUUGGCCUGGUUACACCGGCAACGAAAACUUCCCUAACGGCAUUUCGGUCAAGGAAGGCAUGGAGUUUAUUGGUGGCGACAAGGUGACCUACUUCAAUGGUUUGGAUGUGAACGGAAACUACUCAGACGUCAAUAUGACAACUGCAAAGGAAUACGCCAGUCAGGCCGAGUACACGGUUGCUGUUAUUGGUGAACACCCUUACGCCGAGAAGACUGGUGACAUUGACGACCUUGCUCUUCCUGCUGGCCAGAUUGAGUACGUCAAGGAACUCGCUUCUACUGAAACCAAGGUGAUUGUUGUCCUCUUCGAAGGCCGCCCGCGUCUGCUUGGUGAUCUCCCGGAGAACGUCCACGCCGUGGUGCACGGUCUGCUCGCUUGUGAACAGGGUGGUAAGGCGAUGGCCGAGAUCAUUUAUGGUCAGGUGAACCCCAGUGGACGCUUGCCAAUCACCUACCCGAAGGACUCUGGCAACGUCCUGAUGCCUUACAACCACCGUGUUACGACUCAAUGCGCCGACUCCGAGUACUGCGAAAUGCAGUGGGACUUCGGUACCGGUCUCAGCUACACCGAAUUCACCUACUCCGACCUCACUCUCAGUAAGGCCAACGUCACCUCCAGCUCCGACUCCAUCGACGUGUCUGUCACCGUCGCGAACUCUGGUAGUGUGUCUGGCAAGGAGACUGUGAUGCUAUUCCUCACACAACCGUACCGUUCGAUCUCAGUACCUGAGGUGAAACAGUUGAAGAAGUUCUCGAAGAUCAGCUUGGAACCUGGACAGACUCAGACUGUGAGUUUCACGCUUACGGCUGAUGAUUGGAGUGUGUACUACCCGCAGAUUGGUAGUGGCAUGAAGCAGGUUGCGGAGGACACAGACUAUGUGAUCGCGAUCAAGCCAGAAACCGACUGCGACGUGUACAACGAGACUGCUGUUGCGAACCCGCUUUGCGCUACGUUCACAUUGCAGACUGGUGACUACCCGUACGGUGUCUUCCUUGAGUAAUGCGUAUUCUAUGGCCAUGUAUGACGUGUAUUAUGCCUUACAAUGUGCUUCGAUUACUUUUAUAUAGGCAGUCUUUAUGUGCUGCCCCUUUCAAUAAAAGUAGAAUUUAC